GAUGGGGAAGCUUCGAUGGAAGCCACCACAGAUACACUUGUCAUCAAAGGUCCCAAGAAAUCUCCACUGAUACUGAGGAUGGUGGUUCUACUUUUUGCAAUGGUUUGUGGAGUUUACAUUUGCUUAGUUUGUUUGAAGCAAAUAAACACUCACACCAAGACCAAAUUCUUGAACAUCAUAGCCAUUAAUCACCAAAACCAAAUUAAUCAAUCUUGUCAAGUUCCUGAUCUUGAGAAAUCCGAAAUCGGCUAUGUUCAUUACCCAAAACCUCAAACAUUCAAAAGGAAGGAAUGUGCCUGCAAUCCAGUACGGUACUUUGCCAUAUUGUCAAUGCAGAGAUCCGGGAGUGGAUGGUUUGAAACGUUGUUGAAUAGUCACAUUAAUGUAAGUUCAAAUGGGGAAAUAUUUUCGGUCCGGGAUAGGAGGCUUAAUGUAUCUUCAAUCUUGAAGAACAUGGAUAAAGUUUAUAAUCUGGACUGGUUUAGUAGUGCUUCCAAGAAUGAGUGUAAUGCUGCUGUUGGAUUCAAAUGGAUGCUUAAUCAGGGCUUGAUGGAGAAUCAUGAAGAGAUAGUGAAGUACUUCAAGAAAAAAGGAGUGUCUGCAAUAUUCCUCUUCAGAAGGAACUUGCUCCGCAGAAUGAUUUCUGUACUUGCAAAUUCCUAUGAUAAAGAUGCUAAGCCACUGAAUGGGACGCACAAGUCUCAUGUCCAUUCUCCAUUGGAGGCUGAAAUACUAGCAAAAUACAAACCCAAGAUAAAUGCGACAUUACUAAUUCGAGAUCUUGCGCAAGAUGAGGCGGCAGCUGCCAAAGCUGUAGAAUAUUUCAACACCACUCGCCAUAUUGUUGUUUACUACGAGGACGUUCUCAACAACCGCACUAAACUUAAUGAGGUUCAAGACUUCCUUAGGUUGCCCCACAGAGAGCUCAAGAGCCGUCAGGUUAAGAUCCAUACGACGCCGUUAUCAAACCAAGUUGAGAACUGGGAAACUGUUGAGAAAACACUCAAAGGCACAUCGUACGAGACUUUCCUCCAUGCAGACUAUCAACUGCCCUCUUCACCACAAUCUGCACUAAUUAAUUUCACUUGAGAAGAGAUUGUCAUCAGAGUUUAUGUACAUAACCCACUUCAUUUCACAGUUCUCCAAAUUUUCCCAUCUCAAAAAUUUUGUUCAUUGAAUUCUUUUUUUCU